AUGUAUUCGUUUGUUUGCACUAAAAGUGUUGCCAACUCUGGAGACCAGUGCAACGGUUUGAAUGGUGUGCCCACAACUCCAGUGCCAUAUAUCGGUUCAUCGCCGACCGGUUUGCAGACAAUCAUAAGUCCGUCAGAUAUGGUGUCCGCAAAUAGUGAAACCCCUAUUCGGGCGACAAUACGCCGGAAUCAGGCCUAUAGGAUGAGGAAUGGUUCCAAUAGUGGUGCUCUCACUACUGAUAACUCCGCAAACGGCAACACUUCGUCGACAGCAACACAUUUGACACGAGAAGAGAGACGUCGAAGAAGGAGAGCCACACAGAAGUAUAGGUUAGCGCACGCGACCAGAGAGAGGAUCCGAGUGGAGGCCUUCAACGUUGCCUUCUCUGAGUUGAGACACCUUUUGCCGACUUUACCGCCCGAUAAGAAGUUGUCCAAAAUAGAAAUCCUUCGUUUGGCCAUCUGUUACAUCGCUUAUCUCAACCAUGUUUUGGACGCUUAG